AUGAGCUUGAUCGUUGCCUUGCUGUUCCCAGGCGUGCUGCUUAGCGCAUUUGUGCUGGCCAGUGACAUAUUCGAGCGGUCGCUGGUGCCCAGAGCCGCAUCGCGAUCCGUGGCGAGGAUGGAUGGUGAUAUAAUAAUCGGGGCUCUCUUCUCUGUGCACCACCAGCCGUCUGCCGAGAAGGUGGCGGAGAGGAAGUGUGGGGAGGUCAGGGAGCAGUACGGUAUUCAGAGGGUGGAGGCGAUGUUUCACACGCUGGAUCUCAUAAACGCGGACCCCAACCUCUUACCCAACAUCAGCUUGGGCUGUGAGAUAAGGGACUCUUGCUGGCACUCGUCCGUGGCCUUGGAGCAAAGCAUCGAGUUCAUCCGGGACUCCCUCAUCUCCAUACGGGAUGACAAGGAGGGUUCCAAGUGGUGCGUCGACGGCACCCCCUCGAACCAGCCCCCCGCCACCAAAAAGCCCAUCGCUGGGGUCAUUGGCCCGGGUUCGAGCUCAGUGGCAAUUCAGGUGCAGAAUCUGCUGCAGCUCUUCAACAUUCCCCAGAUCGCCUACUCGGCGACCAGCAUCGACCUGAGCGACAAAACACUCUUCAAGUACUUCCUGCGAGUCGUCCCCUCUGACACCCUGCAGGCCAGGGCGUUGUUGGACAUAGUCAAACGCUACAACUGGACCUACGUGUCUGCAGUGCACACAGAGGGCAACUACGGGGAGAGCGGAAUGGAGGCCUUCAAGGAGCUGGCCUCCCAGGAGGGCCUGUGCAUCGCCCACUCGGACAAGAUCUACAGCAACGCCGGCGAGAAGCACUUCGACCGGCUGCUCAGGAAGCUGCGGGAGCGACUGCCCAAGGCGCGCGUGGUCGUCUGCUUCUGCGAGGGCAUGACGGUGCGCGGCCUCCUCAUGGCCAUGCGGCGGCUGGGCGUGGCCGGGGAGUUCCUACUCAUCGGAAGUGACGGAUGGGCGGAUCGGGACGAGGUCGUGGAGGGCUAUGAACAGGAAGCAGUGGGCGGCAUCACCAUGAAGCUGCAGUCCGCCGAGGUCACCUCCUUCGACGACUACUUCCUGAAGCUGCGUCUGGACACCAACACCCGGAACCCCUGGUUCGCCGAGUUCUGGCAGCAUCGUUUCCAGUGCCGGAUUCCUGGUCACCCACAGGAGAACACAAACUACCAUAAGAACUGCUCAGGUUAUGAAAGCCUGGAGGACAACUACGUGCAGGACAGCAAGAUGGGCUUCGUCAUCAACGCCAUCUACGCUAUGGCCCACGGCCUGCACGACAUGCACCGCGCCCUCUGCCCGGACCACGUGGGCCUCUGCGAGGCCAUGGAUCCCAUCGACGGAAGCAAGCUGCUGGACUACCUGCUGAAAACCUCUUUCACGGGCGUUUCCGGAGAGGAAGUGUGGUUCGACGAGAACGGCGACACGCCUGGAAGAUACGACAUCAUGAACCUGCAGGAUGUGGAAUCCGGGCAGUACGACUACAUAAACGUGGGCUCCUGGCACGAGGGCAUCCUCAAUAUCGACGACUACAAGAUCCUGAUGAACCGCACAGAGAUGGUUCGCUCCGUCUGCAGCGAGCCCUGCUCCAAGGGCCAGAUCAAGGUGAUCAGGAAAGGAGAAGUCAGCUGCUGCUGGAUCUGCACCUCCUGCAAGGACAACGAGUACGUCCAGGACGAAUUCACCUGCAAGGCGUGCGAGCUGGGCUGGUGGCCGGACGAGGAGCUCGAAGGAUGCCUGCCAAUUCCUCUAAGAUACCUUCAGUGGAGCAACGCGGAGUCCAUAGUGGCCGUGGUGUUUUCCUGCCUUGGCAUUCUCGUCACCAUGUUCGUGACGUUCAUCUUCGUGCUGUACCGGGACACCCCUGUGGUGAAGUCCUCCAGCCGCGAGCUCUGCUACAUCAUCCUAGCGGGGAUCUUCCUGGGCUACAUCUGCCCAUUUACCCUCAUCGCCCGGCCCACUGUGGCCUCCUGCUACUUGCAGCGUCUUCUGGUGGGACUCUCUGCCGCCAUGUGCUACUCCGCCCUGGUAACCAAGACCAACCGCAUCGCCCGCAUCCUGGCGGGCAGCAAGAAGAAGAUCUGCACGCGCAAGCCGCGCUUCAUGAGCGCCUGGGCCCAAGUGGUGAUCGCCUUCAUCCUAAUCAGCAUCCAGCUCACCUUGGAGGUCACGCUUCUCAUCCUGGAGCCACCUGAGCCCGUCAAGUCCUACCCCAGCAUCAGGGAGGUCUUCCUCAUAUGCAACACCAGCAACAUGGGUGUGGUGGCACCACUGGGCUACAACGGCCUGCUGAUCAUGAGCUGCACCUACUACGCCUUCAAGACGCGCAACGUGCCGGCCAACUUCAACGAGGCCAAGUACAUCGCCUUCACCAUGUACACCACCUGCAUCAUUUGGCUGGCCUUCGUGCCCAUCUACUUCGGCAGCAACUACAAGAUCAUCACCACCUCCUUCUCCGUCAGUCUGAGUGUGACUGUGGCCCUGGGCUGCAUGUUCACGCCCAAGAUGUACAUCAUCAUCGCCAAGCCCGAGCGCAAUGUGCGCAGCGCCUUCACCACCUCAGACGUUGUGCGCAUGCAUGUGGGAGACGGCAAGGCCAACUGUAGGAACAGUAGCUUGCUUAACAUGUUCAGGAGGAAGAAGAACGCCCCAGGAAGUGCCAAUUCUAAUGGAAAGUCUGUGUCAUGGUCUGAACCAGGUGCAAGACAACCACCCAAGGGGGAACACAUGUGGCACAGACUGUCUGUACAUGUGAAGAGACAGGAAACAGGCUCCAAUCAGACAGCAGUCAUCAAACCCCUAACUAAAGCCUCCCACAACACUGGCCUCAACUUUUCUGACCUCAGCACCAAGACUCUGUAUAAUGUCGCCGAGGAGGACGAGGGCGACCCCAUCCGAUACAACCCUCCCAGCAGCCCUCCCAUGAUGAUCGAGAGGCCCCCGUCGGGGCCGACAAAGGAGCCGGAGGGACUGCAGAUGUACAUGACACAGCACCUCCAGAACCUCCUGCCCCAGCAAGUAGACAUAGAGCAGCUGCAGGAGAUGGUUGACAAAUUCAACGCCAACAUCCCCGACCUGAGCGACCUGAUCAACCUCGAGGGCCCGGAUGACGGGGUGAGGCCCGUUUUUCCGCCCCACGUCGUCCAGCAGCAGGUCUUGUCCCAGCCGAUCGCCGUUUUCGGCGACCUGGCCGCGUCUCCCGAGGAAGAGGUGGAGAGCGAGCAUUUCAACCUCAUUCUCGGCUACAUGGGAGAUGACGUCACCGUUCACGAGGAAGAGGAGAUGGCCCAGGCUAAAAUCGCUAUUGAGGAAUCCCCGGCCCUCACUCCCCCAACCCCUUUUAAGGAUUUAAUGGAAUCUGGCACCCCCUUCAACAAUUCCCCUGUAUCAGAGUCAAUAUUGUGCACACCGCCAAGCGUGACAUACGCAUCUAUCAUCCUGAGAGACUAUAAGCAGAGCUCAUCUACGCUGUGACAUUACAUGCAAAUUGUCCAAUCAGUUUUGAUUUUGCUAUAAAAAAAAAAGUCCUGGUGGUGAAUGGAAUGUCAGGGAUUGGCUAAGGAUUGGGGGAGCCCUGCCCCCUCCCUGUUUCUGAUGAAUGUUGGCUCAACUUUUGCCACCCGUUUUGAGGGACGCACAAGGUCCCGAAUGGACCUGUGAGCGUCAGUUUGGGAAAGAAGCGGACGAUGUUGUAUAACUCAACCCAUGGAUAUACUUUGACUGACUUAAAAAAAAACAAAACUAAACUUUCUCUGUUUCUUGAAAGAAAAUAAUGUGAAUUCAAAAUGAAAUAUCUAUGUAUUUAAUCACA